CUAUAGGCUACAAAAAGACUAAAUUGAAAGCUGCUGAUUUUUGUUGGAAAUAUUCUCAAGAUCUGUCAGGGAGGAGAACAAGAUGUUUGUUUUACUCACUCUACUGACACUCAGCUGGGGUUGGUGUGUGUCCCCUCACCCAAGACCAAAGUGUGAUCGAUGCAAUGAAAACUUUGUUUGUGACUGCUCUUCUUUAAAUCUACAGGAAGUCCCUGCUAUCUCCACAACAUCAGUCAUAAGCCUGGACCUCUCCUUUAAUGAAAUCAAGACUAUAGGUCAGGAUGACUUCUUUGUGUACAGUAAUCUACAUGUACUGAUUCUGAGGGGAAAUAUGAUAUCCUCAAUUGCAGAACAAGGUUUCUCAACUCUCAGAAAGUUGGAGGUUUUGGACUUGUCAGAUAAUCAAUUAAAUGGUUUGUCUGAGAUGUGGUUUAAGAGUCUCUCCUCCCUUCAUCAUCUAAGUCUUUUGGGAAAUGAGUAUAAAACAUUUGGGGGAAAGACUCUGUUUCGCUCAAUGACACAGCUUAGUACUCUAAUGGUUGGGAAUCAAUUUCUUGCCUCAGUUUCCAAAGAUAGCUUUAUCGGACCCAACCAUCUUCAGAGCUUUGUGUUUCAUGGCAGCAAUUUGCAGAACUACCAACCAGGUAGCUUCAGCCAAAUCAACUCCAUUGAUGAAGUCACUGUUAGCAUCAACGGUCCAUUUCAGAUAAACACAAGUCUUACAACAGACAUCUUGAGAGACCUUUCACGUCCUGAGACCAAAAUCAUCUUGUCAGAUUUGAGAAUCAGCUGGCAACAACUGAAGCCUUUUCAAGUGAUCUUUCAGAAUGGUGUCAAAAAAAUCCUCUUGAGAAAUCUAAGCUGCAGUCUUGAUACCAUAAUUCCCCUGUAUGGAAUGACCCAGCACUCACUGCUGACCUCUAUUGGACUGGAGGAUUGUGAGUUCUCUGGAGAGCCAAAUAAUAUUACAGUUCACUUCCCUGUACUUGACUUUGUUGAUGAGUUUUACUUCAGAAAUAUAAAACUGGAUCAGUUCUAUAACUUCCCUGCAUUCCACAGCAUAGACCCACUAAUACAAGUCCUCAUGCGCCUGAAAAGAGUGAGUAUAAUUGAAAGCAAUGUCUUUGCAAUGCCUCAUAUAACAACAUUCUUACUGAAAAAUCUUGAAUACAUGGAUAUGAGCAGAAAUCAAUUCACUGAUUUAACCUUGCGAGAAGCUCUCUGUGAUGGACAGAUAUAUCCGUGCUUACUCUCUAUUAAGGUUUUCAAUAUUAGCAGCAAUUAUAUUCGUUCCUUCGACACCCUGAGCCAUCUCUUCAGAGGAAUGAAGAAGCUGGCUGCUCUUGAUGUGAGCCUGAAUGUUUUCCGCACUAUGCCCCUGAUCUGUGUCUGGCCCCAGUCUCUCCGCUACCUGAAUCUCUCCUCAUGUCAGUUAAGAGGAGUGACCUCAUGUCUCCCGCAGACUCUAGAUAUCCUGGAUUUGAGCUAUAAUGACCUGAUGGUAUUUCAUCAAAACAUGCCAAACUUGACUGAGCUCCAUCUAUCUGGAAACAGAUUCAAGACCUUACCAGAGGGGAAACUCUUUGACCGCUUGGUGGUGCUCUACAUCAAGAGCAACCCUUUCAUAUUCUUCAGUCAAAACCAGAUGAGGAACUUUGGUGGGCUCAGGAUCUUGGAGGCUGGUACAGACACGUAUGUGUGCUCUUGUGAAUUUGUGAACUUCUUCAACCAUGAACUCGGUCAUUUAGUUAGUUUAAAGGACAGUAGGCAGGCAUACAUCUGCAGUUCACCAUUUGCACUGAGAGGGACAAAAGUUAGCGAUGCCCAACUCUCUGUUUUCAAGUGCCAUGCAGCGUUGGCCUUCUCUGCCCUGUGUGUGUUUGUGCUUGUGGUCGUCAUUGGUGCCAUGGUGAUGUGUCACAAGCUUCACAUGAUUUGGUACGUCCGAAUGACAUGGGCAUGGCUGCAGGCCAAACGGAGGCCUGUGGCCCGCAAGGAUCAGGUGUGCUAUGACGCCUUUGUGUCCUACAGUGAGAGCGAUGCGGAAUGGGUGGAGGAGCUGCUGGUGCCGGAGCUGGAGGGCGCCCAGCCGCCAUUCCGCCUCUGCCUGCACAAACGUGACUUCCUGCCAGGGGGCUGGAUUGCGGACAGUAUCAUGGCGGCCAUGGAGAAGAGCCACAAGAUUCUUUUUAUAGUGACCCAGCACUUUGUCCAGAGCGACUGGUGCCGUUUAGAGUUGGAGUACUCACACUUCCGACUGUUUGAUGCAGGCAUACUCAUCCUCCUUGAGCCUAUCCCCGACUCAACAAUUCCCAAAAGGUUCUGCAAGCUGCGCAAGGUCAUGAACUCAAGGACCUAUCUGGAAUGGCCGGAGGAAGACAAUGAAAGACCCAGAUUCUGGCAGUCUCUUAAAGACACUUUACAUAUGGCUGAAUAAUGUCUGGUACUAUCAGUAUAAAGGGACAAAGUUUGCCAAGUAUCCAUUGUGCUUUAUCUCAUAGUGAAGCAUUGACUAACAUCGGUAACACUUU